AUGGCUUCCGUCUUCCAUCAACCAGCCCUAGAAGACGAUUCAAGAGUUCUCUUCUCCCCUUCCAACUCCCUCGAAGAAACCGUAAGCCGUUCAUCUUCUUUCUAUAACUCACCAACACCAUAUCACCAAUCCAAAACAACUUACAAACUAGCUGUAACCAAUCUCUCCUACACUAUAAACCACCAUGGAUCAAUACCCACCUGGUUAUAUCACUCUAAGAAGAAAAGUAAGCCUAUUAACAUACUCAAAUCUGUCUCUUUCGUGGCAAGAAGCUCUGAAAUUCAUGCCAUUGUUGGCCCAAGUGGCACCGGAAAGUCUACUUUGUUACGAAUAAUCUCCGGUCGGUUAAGAGACAGAGAUUUUGAUGCAAAGAGUGUGUCACUUAAUGAUUUCUCCAUAAAUAGCCCAGCUCAGUUGAGGAAGAUAUGUGGGUUUGUGGCACAAGAAGAUAAUUUGCUACCUUUGCUCACUGUAAAGGAGACAUUAAUGUUUAGUGCAAAGUUCAGGCUAAAAGAAAUGAGUGCAAAAGAGAAGGAAGAUAGGGUUGAGACCUUGAUGCAGGAGCUAGGUCUGUUUCAUGUUGCUGAUAGUUUUGUUGGUGAUGAGGAGAAUAGAGGAAUAUCUGGAGGAGAGAGAAAAAGGGUAUCAAUUGGUGUAGAUAUGAUUCAUGACCCACCCAUUUUACUCCUUGAUGAACCAACAUCAGGACUUGACAGUAGUUCCGCUCUUCAAGUGAUAGAGUUACUUUCAUCCAUGGCAAAAUCAAAGCGCAGAAUGAUAGUUCUCUCUAUCCACCAACCUAGUUACAGAAUUCUUCAAUAUAUUUCCAACUUUUUGAUCCUCUCUAAUGGUUCUGUUGUGCAUAAUGGUUCUAUUGAAGCACUAGAGGAGACCAUAGAGAAAUUGGGUUUUAAAAUUCCGACCCAACUCAAUGCUCUUGAAUUUUCCAUGGAAAUCAUACGUAUACUUGAAGAAUCAAACUCCAGCAAUCUCUCAGAAAUGGAGGAGAAAGAGAAAGACCCAUCUCCAUUUUUGAUGUGGCAAGUGGAAAUUAGUGAAGUUCGAUUACAGAAUGAUAAUUACAAACAAAGUGGUAGUUGUUUUUAUUGGAGUUUGUUUGAGAUAAUGGUGCUUUGUGAAAGAUUUUGGAAGAUAAUUUACAGAACAAAACAACUGUUCUUGGCUAGAACUAUGCAAGCUCUUGUGGGAGGAUUUGGGUUGGGAAGUGUUUACAUGAAGGUCAACAAUGAUGAGGGUGGAGUUGCAGAGAGAUUAGGUUUGUUUGCUUUUAGUCUUAGUUUCCUUCUCUCUUCCACAGUUGAAGCCCUACCAAUUUACCUUCAAGAGAGGAGAGUUUUAAUGAAGGAAGCCUCAAGAGGAGCCUACAAAACCUCCUCUUACAUGAUUGCAAACAGCAUUGUUUUCCUACCCUUUUUGUACCCUUUGGACUCACUUCUUAUAAAUGAGUACUGGAGUGUGAGAAGGUGGUCUGUUGGAUCAUUCUUGCUAGAAGGGUUUCAAAAACAACAAUAUGAAGUGAAAAUUAUAGCAAAUGAUUCAUCAUCCUAG